ACAGUCUCCUUGCUGAGAGGCGGAAGUGUCUGUUGGGGGCGUGCAAGAAGAGGCAUUGCCGCGGCAGCGAGAGAGGCCUUUGCCGGAGCUUGGCCUGGGGAGCCGCGGCGCGCGCUCCUUCUCCUUCCUGGCAUCUCUCGCUAUGGGCGCCGAGCAGAGCGCAGAUGCCGAAAACCGGCAUCCCGACUCAAACACUUCAGCAUCUCCUUCACCAGCCAAGCAACGAGCUAAAAUGGAUGAUAUUGUGGUGGUGGCACAAGGGACGCAGUCUUCGCGGAAUGUCAGCAAUGACCCAGAUGUGAUUAAGUUGCAGGAAAUCCCCACUUUCCAACCCCUUCUGAAAGGUCUUCUCAGUGGGCAGACAGCUCCUACCAACAUAAAACUGGAGAAACUGGAUUCUCAGCAAGUUCUACAGCUCUGCCUGCGGUACCAAGACCAUCUUCACCAGUGUGCAGAAGCGGUUGCCUUUGACCAGAAUGCUUUAGUCAAACGGAUCAAAGAGAUGGAUCUUUCGGUAGAAACCCUCUACAGCUUAAUGCAGGAGCGCCAGAAAAGAUAUGCCAAGUAUGCCGAGCAGAUCCAGAAGGUCAACGAGAUGUCUGCCAUCUUGCGUCGCAUCCAGAUGGGCGUCGACCUGACCAUUCCCCUGAUGGAGAGACUGAAUGCUAUGCUUCCCGAGAGUGAGAGGCUGGAACCGUUUAGCAUGAGCCCUGACAGGGAGCUCAAGCUGUAGUUUUCUGAUACAGCCUUCAGUCAUCUUUUUCUUGGACCCUCCUUGAUAAGGAACUUACUUGAAACACACUUCACAAGCCAGAGUAAGUAGAGCAGAGGUACAGUUCUGUGUUAGGUAGGAAGACACUGUUUGGCUUGCAGGGAAUGUUACACACAGCAACUUGGAAUGAAAUGCCAUUUCUUACCUUUCUUGCUUCCACCUGCUUGCCACCACUGCCUCCACCCACCAAAACAUUGCUUUAACAAGGUUCAGAUUUAAACCUUCACAUCCUUAAAUCUUCACAUCCUUCCUCUACUGUUGUGCACAUUAGUGUGCUUACUGAGGAAUCCUUCAAGCUGCAGAGGAUUCUGGAGCAUGUUCUAAUGUAAUUUUUAAACUGUUUCUUGUAAGAUUGGUGUUGGCAAACAAACUGCCCGCAAGAGCUUCACCAUCAUUGCCAGCCUUCCUCUCUGACACACCUGAAUUGUACAACUCACUUUUAGCAAUUCCAGCAUACACAGAGAAGAGGAAGUUUGAUGGUCAUUGUUCUAGUGCAGGAUCCCAAUUUGGCCCAUGAGGCCAUUUUCCCUAAACCAUGUCCAGGGCCGGCUCUAGGUAUAGUCCCGGUGGCACAGGGCGCAAAGCCGCACUGCGAGGGCGGGGGCACCGGAGCGAUCUCCGCGCCUCAGCGCCAGGCCGCCCGACCUGCUCAAGACUGCCCUGACCAUGUCCACCUGCCCCAUACUUGACAUCAUGUGUGGGGCAGAUGGAGACAUGGCUAGAUUCAGCUUUGCAACUUGUUCACACAGCCAGUCUCUGCAGAAAACAGCAUUGCCAGCCUGUGCUAAGUGCUUUGCACAAGUAUAGGGCAAACCAAACGCCCUUGUGCUGUGGUUCCCAAGCGCCCAAGAACCAGUAAGCUGUCAGGCACUUGAGAAGCGCUGUGGAAGGGACUUUGACAGAGGGGUGAGACAACCUGCCUGCCAAUCAUCUGAAGUCAUAAGGCAAUCUGGUGAUUGAUAGGUGAGUCAUCCUGCCCACCUGUUGUUGACCUUUGGUGGUGGGCAGGACCUCCCUCCUUUAGAGUUUUUCUUUAAUAUUGGCUUCUUAUUUUAUAAGGCUAUUAAAUGUGCAACUGCUUGAGCUAUGGGACUCUCACAGCUUUGCAGGCAGCAGAGCUACAGCCUGGGUGGUGGUUUAGGUUGGUGUUUCCAACACCUGAAUGAAAGGAGUGCCUCUCUUGCCCUAUCCUAUGAAUUUGCUUUGCCAGGUGAUUCUUAACACGAUGGAUAAAGCAUUAUGUCCAUAUGCCCAUAUCCAAAGGAAAAUGUACCUGCUAAGAUGGGAAAGGUUGGCUCAUAUGCCAAAGUCACUUCAGAGGUAUGCCAUAAAAAUGCCACCGUGCUGUUUGCAGUUGAAUCUCUCCAGAGAUGGCUGCUUUAUGGUCUUAGUUCAGGGACAAGGCCAUGUUAGUUUGGACUGAUGUCUCCUGCUUUGUAAUUCUGGUGCAGCUUUGAAGCUGUGCUGUGCCUAGAAUUAAAAAGGGUUUCAGAGUUGCCUUCUGCAUUUCAAACACUUUUAUUUAUAGUUACAGGUAGGUAGCCGUGUUGGUCUGAGUCGAAGCAAAAUAAAAAAAUUCCUUCAGUAGCACCUUAAAGACCAACCAAGUUUUUAUUUUGGUAUGAGCUUUCGUGUGCAUGCACACUUAUGUGUAUCUGAAGAAGUGUGCAUGAAGAAGUGUAUCUGAAGAAGUGUGCAUGCACACGAAAGCUCAUACCAAAAUAAAAACUUGGUUGGUCUUUAAGGUGCUACUGAAGGAAUUUUUUUAUUUUACUUUUAUUUAUGUAAAGCACUUGAUUUUAAUCCAAGCCUAUGUAUAGUACACUAGUGUGGAAAAUACCACUGAAGUCCUCAGUCUGUAUAUGUAGCUGCUUGACCAGCUGGAGCAAUUGCUGCUUGGUUUUCCCUAUGUGAUUCCUUUGCUAGCUGGGUCUGAGGAAUCCUAAUAUUGUCACAUUAUCCAGUUUUGUUCUGGCACACUCAAAUUCCCUCUUAUCUCCAAGUCUUUGAAGGAAGGAAUGGAAAGUUGCUUUUAUAUAUAUUGUUAUUACUUAGCUUGAGAGAUGAAUCCAAGAGUGCAAAGGGAAAAGAAGACACUUGAUACUCCUCUCUGUGGUAGUAGAGUCUACUUUGGGGGUAGCCACUGGAAAAGGGACUCCUGGUGGGGGGAAAAGAAAUCUACUGUGUUGCUCCAAGGCUGAAGAAGUGAUUGGCAAAGUCUGUCUCCUACAGCUCUUACUACUGGAGAUGUUUCCAGUGGUGAGGGAACCACUUGUUCUCAGAAGUGUGCGCUCUUCCCUUGAAAAGGAGAAGCAACCACUAAAUCAUGAUUAAGGAAGUGAGGAAAAAUGUCUAAAAAGGGCUAUGCUUAACUAUCAGAAAUGAUUAUGAAUAUUAGGAGAGCUUUUACCCAAAUACCCAUGAGCAAUCUGUGGUUCGAGGUCAGCGACAGAGUGCCUCUUCAGCUAACCAGCACAACAGUUCCACACGGUGCCUAUGCAUGCAACAUCUUAUUUUAAGGAGUGCUUUUUCCAUAGAAGCUAUUCAUCAGGUUCUUUUCAAAAAUAACCCUUGAGUUAUGUAGUUCAUGCCCCCUUGAAUCCUGGUUGGCACACUCCUGCCCUCCCUUCUUUUCAGAGGGAAGUAUUUUAUUGUGCCUUUUUUCUUUGACUUGACUUGAUAGUUUUGGAGUUUGACAACUGUACCAUUGUUUUAUAUUUUUGCUUUCUGCAUUAUUUUGUUGGCACAAUUGCUUAUUAAUUUUAAACAACUAUUUUGGUUGAAAACUAGUAAGGCAAAAAAAUAAUAAGCAAUCUUACAUGGAUAGCUGCAAAGGUGUUGCAAAAAAACCCCAGAUGCAACCAAAAGUGGAGAAAGGGUUCAGCUGUAGUUCUAGGCGAUUCUAAUGUCAUACUCUGAUCCUUUACUUUCAAAAUAUGGCCUGGUCUUUUAAAAUUGGAUGCAAGUUAGUGUUAUUUCUGCAUUACACUUUUUGUUGUGCAACACAACUCUCACUAAAAAAUAGCAUUUAGCAGACCAGCUGGGCUUUGAAAUGCUAGCGCCAUAUUUGGAAUAAUAUGCUCAGUGUUGUCAGAUUCCAGCAUUGGUAGUCAAAAUGCAUACACUGAAGGCUGAUAAUAUGUUCUUUGGGUGCAUUAUUCUAAAAGCUGUGCUCUAGGAAAAUGUUAUCUCACUACUUUGUUUCUCAUUUUGGGGGACCAAUUGCGCUUGCUUUAUUGACUACAGUUCUAGUCAGGAAAACCUUAGAGCUAUUUUCACUGCAAGUCAUGUCUACUCAAAAGUAAGCCUCAUUUAAUUCAAUGGAGCUUACUUUUCAGGUAAGUGGGUACAGAAUUGAAGCCUUAAAGUAUGGAGGAAAAAAAUUAAUGUCUUCGUUACUCAUUCUGCUCCAAGCAUGUAUUCACAAGGCUGUCCACCAUGGUGGAAUUUUGUAGGCAAAUGCACUGAAUUCCUGAAAUACAUUGAAUUGUAUUGGGUCUGUUGAGAGCCAAAUUUGGCAUAGUGUUCCAUUUAAUGAUGUGUAAUAGCAGUAGAAAAUGUAACAUGUACAAAUGUACUGUGCGUUGGACUCCUGCGUAAAAGUGCAGAGUUAUGUAGUUUGCGAAUCAUCAAGGCAGGUGGGUAUUUUAGUCCAAGCAGCCGAUAUGCCCCUCGUGAGCUAGCAAGAUAUGCAGAUUUCCAGACUGGAUUGGGAACCCUGAAAGCAUGUCUGCUUUGCAGUGUGCAUUUGGCUAUGAUGCAACCUCAUCACUCUUAAAUGUUACACAUAUUUCUACCCAGUUGGAAUUCGGGUAGAAAUGCAUCUCUCUAACCAUUUUCUCAAUCUGCAUUUGUGCUUUUGAGCACAACUGUUAUCUACUAUAAUAAUUUAAUUCUUGUCUUGAGGAAAACCUGUAGGUGAUCCUUACUGAGACUUGGCUUGCUAGGGUACCCAGAUGUUAAAAUGCUCUGCAGUAAAAAUAUAUUGCUUGCCUACUUUUCCUAGAUCAGUGGUUUUCAAAGUGGAACUUCCUUUUUGGGAAGCUGUUACUCCUACCAACCUGUCCCUCCAGGGGUCUGUGAAAUGUGAUCCCAGGCCAUAAUUUCUGCCCUCACAGUUCUGUCUAACACUCAUGAAAACUGUGCUCUAGAACAUGCCCCAGAAACUUCAGGGAAUCCCCCCAAGCAGACGUGCAGCAUUCUUCAGGGUUUUUAAGUGCUCGCUGAAGGUGCACAUUUGGAAGUCUAAUGUGUUCAUAGUUUUAGGCCUUGGAAAUAGAGAAGGGGGAAUCAGUGGUGGGGAAGCAGUUUCUCGACAGCUUUGUGUCAGGUGCACUAUGUAGUUUUCUUUUAUUGCAAUGCAACUUGUACAGAUUUGAUGGGUCUUGCAUUACAUUGUGUGAUGUAGAUGCUACUCUAACACAAUGUUAUUUCAGCUGGGAAUAUUUAUUACUGUUUGGUUUUAUUAAUAACUAGCUGGCCCGGCCAUGCAUUGCUGUGGGUUUUUGUGUUAAAUGGACCUUCAGAGUCUCCCUUUAGAGUCCCCUCACCUGCCCUGUCCCAACCCUGACUCCCCUACUGUAAGUUUCAAAAAUAAGACUCCCCCACCCACGCGUGUUCCUGAAAAUGUCCCCACCCCACACUGCUUUGGCUAACUCAGGGUCCUACCUCCCCCCCCACCCUGUGAAUGCCCAUAUUCUGUUUGUUUUUGCCUAUGGUCUACUGGGCAAUGGUGAGGCCUACUCAGUUUUCCCUGUCCCGCCCCACCCCCCACUGCUUUGGCUGACUCAGGGUCCUCCCUCCCAUGGCUAUGUGUUUUCCCCUCCCUUUGUUGUGCCUCAUCCCUGUUCUGUUUGUUUUUCCCUGCUUGGCAAUGCUGCGACCUAUUGAAAAAGCUGGGCCUUGUUGCUGCAAAAGGACUGUUUUCAGUUGGUUGCUGUGGAAUUUUGUGAUGGCGGCACAGCUUUGGAGGCAGCAGUGGGAAAUCUAUUGGAUGCUGCUGGAGUCUUCGGAGCUUCUGGUGGUGACGUCUAAUUUGGGCGCCACUUUUUUGUGUUUAAUCAUUAUUUUAGGUUUUUUUUGGAAAAAAACUUUAUGCCAGAUCCCUCCCUAAUGGGCAUGGAACGUUGUGGCCAAAUUUGUUACAUUGUGGUUCAGCAGUUACGGAGAAAGGCUGUGACCUCCACGCACGCAAUGCCCAUAUAUAUAUAUAUAUAUAUAUAUAUAUAUAUAUAUAUAUAUAUAUGGACAUGUGACAUGCCAGCUUUCUUCUGGGUUGUGUUUCUGGUGUUUGUUUUUUAAGAAACAGCCCAGCUGUUCUAUCAGCAGAUGGAAAACCCUCCUUACUCCCACCACUUCCCAAAAACAGAGUGUUGCUAUCACUCCAGUUGUUCCCCACACUUCACUUUCCCCUGACUUGACAAUUGGGUGUUUCUUAGUUGGCUGGAUUUGGCUUUGUGUCUGCUAGUUGCUGACCUGUGCUUGAAAGAAAUAUUGUAAGUAUUUGUAUAUUAUAAAAUUGGACUAAAGUACAGACUGAUACUAGACUCCAUAGUGAUGUGUGCUAAUACUACUGAUCUCCCCAGAGUAAUGUUAAAGGGAAGGCUACCUGUAUGGGCUUGGAGUGCCCACCGACACCAAUGGCUAUGGGGACGGGUUGCAAUUCAGAAGCCAAUUAGCCUUUAAAGUGUGUUCUUGACCGUAUUUUUGCUUUGCUCUUUUGUCCAUUCAAAAGGGAAUCACAUGGAAUAGAAAGAUAGUAUAGGACCAAUUAAGACUUAAUAUUAACACUUCUUAUAUGUGGUCACAGUAACCCUGACAUCCUAGCAAAGUAGGCAGUUAACAUUCCCAUAUUGCAGUUGAGGUGCUGUGGGUAAGAUGGAGGCUUUGUUAGCCUCAUGGGAGAGGGAAGAUUGGAACUGGGGGUGUCCUGGGUUAGUUUUCAACCAUCAGUCUCCCCUGAGAAGUAGUAUGUAUAUGGUUUCUUCUGCUAUAAUCAAUGUAAUUCUUUGAUCCAGUGUUAGAUCCAUCCAUGUAGAAGCACAAACUUAAACCUUCCUAGUACAGUGGUACCUUGGUUUACAAACACAAUUGGUUCCGGAAGUCUGUACUUAACCUGAAGCGAACUUUCCCAUUGAAAGUAAUGGAAAGUGGAUUAAUCCGUUCCAGACAGUCCGCGGAGUACUUAAACUGAAAGUACUCAAACAAGGCGUACUUAAACCAAGGUAUGACUGUAAUGUAUAUGAUUGUGUCCCAAUAAAGUUGAAAUAUGAUUACACUUGAAGUCUACACUUGAUACUACACACUUACCGUACUAGCAACUCAACCUAGUUGCGAAAGCUUAUCAAUGGAAAAUGAAACUGCUCUAAUCUGUUUUGAUUUCAAUUCCACCAGUUUCUCCAAGAUCCUCUUUGUUACAAAGACAGCAAUGCACCACAGGCCCUUUGAUCCUUGCUUCUUGAGCACAGAGACAGUUUGUACUUCGUUUUGCCCAAAGGGGUUAUUUGGCAAAGUACAUUUGUGGCAGCAUCAGCAGUGAAUGACAUUCCUAAAAGGCUGCACUAUGCAUGGAAACCGUGAUUGGUGAAACAAAGUGUCCACCUUCCCCUCACAACGAGUGUCUUUUUCGAAACAAAAUGAAAAAAUUCCUUCCAGUAGCACCUAAAAGACCAAUUAAGUUUGUCAUUGGUAUGAGCUUUUGUGUGCAUCUGAAGAAGGGUAUCUGAAGAAGUGUGCAUGCACACUUCUUCUCAUACCAAUGACAAACUUAGUUGGUCUCUAAGGUGCUACUGGAAGGAAUUUUUUUAUUUUGUUUCGACUACGGCAGACCAACACGGCUACCUACCUGUAACUAGUGUCUUUUUGUAUCUCAUAACCACUGAGCAUUAAUGCUUUUUGUACUCUCCCUUCAAUUUUUGAAUGAGCCAAAUGCUAGUGUAAUCAUACAUUCUCAUAUGAAACUAGAGUACAUGACACAGAGUUAGGUAGAGUUUUAACCCCUUGGACCUGGAGCUGAAAACAAACAUUUGUAGAGGGGAGAAUGAAGAGCACGGUCUCUUCUCCGAAGUAGAAAGCCCUUCUCUUUAAGAGGAGCAGCCUGCACUGAAAACAGUGCUACCAAAAUUUCUUGGAAAGCUGAAGGGCACCACCUAGUUGAAUUUAGUUUUUUUUUGGUGGGGGGGAAUUACACCCCUUUGCCUCUUUUUGCUCUCCCUACAAAAAAAGCUCAGUUUUGCCAUCAAUUGUUCCUGCCACAGGCAAAUAUUUUAUGCCGUUUGGGAUAGGUUGUUAUUUGGCAACAUUUAAAACAUUUGGCACAAGGAGAAGGGGACGACAGAGGACGAGAUGGUUGGACAGUGUUCUCAAAGCCACCAACAUGAGUCUGACCAAACUGCGGGAGGCAGUGGAAGACAGGAGUGCCUGGCGUGCUCUGGUCCAUGGGGUCACGACUAAAUGACUAAACAAACAAAAAUCUAUCUUAAAAUCUUAACACACCUGUCUGCAAAUGUAUUUCUCUGCUGACCUGUUCAGUGCUUAAACCUAAACACCUGCUACUUGGAUAAUAGUUUUGAUGAAGUUAGAAACUGAAGCAUACUGAGCUGACUCAGAAAUAUAAAUGUUUCUUCUUCAUCUUCAUCACCACCACCACCUUUCUAGAAAAUGUUGAUGUUUCUGGCAUUAUAUGUCAGAAGUCAGAUACCUGCUCUCCCUUCCUUGGCUAUAUAGUGGCAAAAAAAAUUUUUUUUGGGGGGGGGUGUUAAUUGGAGACUCUCUGUUCCAAAAAUGGUGGCUACAUCAGAUGUUAAGAUUCUGACCUGAUGCCUUAAUUUUUCAAUACACACCAGCUUCUCCAAUACAGUGGUUGCUCAGGUUGCAAACGUGAUCCAUGCGGGUGGCACGUUUGCAACCUGCAACGUUCACAUUGAGCAGUGUGAGUGUUGCAUUAAUUUUCCUUUCUUGAAACAAGCCAAGGCCUUCUAGGUCUGAACUUCAUUGUUGAAGAAAUGGGUGGAUUGUACCAGGUGAGGUUCAGUUUAAACGCAAUACUUCAAAUGAACUAUAGGAUUUGCUUAGUUUACAAAGGAAUAUUUUUUAAAAAACACAGUAAGGGGCCAAUUUUUGCAUCUCAGUGCCUCAGCUGUUAUGUUUUUAUCUACACCUUCUGCCUUAAGGGAGGGGAGCAGGGAAAUAGCAAUUGCCCAUUGCAUGUUUUAGACUUGUCAUUUCGUUUCUCACUCAUGCACACACACACAAGCACACACAAACCUAUUCACUUCCUUCACAUUGAAGCCACACAAUUUGCCUUCUUUUCAAAUUUCAGAUUUACAGGGAAUUGUUUGACACAGAAGAAAGGGAGAACAGAGCUUCAAGAUACUUCAAUAAUCUCCAUGCUGCCUGAGAAGCUAGAUUGGCUGCCCACUUUCCCAAGUUCCUCUCGGGACCUGUUCUCGGACAUGAUACUUCCCCCCAAUUCCAUCUGGCAGCUCCUUCUCUUCAACUGCUUCUCAAAGGAGCUCUCCUCAUGCCAGCUCCGCCGCGAGUCCCCCCUGUCUCCAUGCUUCUCCCUCCUGCGAACGGCAUAGGCUUGCUCACACCCCGUGGGCAGCUGGCUGCAGCUAUAGGCAGAGUAGGCUGUGCUGCUCCCAUAUAUAGCCGAUGCAGAAUAAAAGCGAGAAGUGUCUGUGGCAAAAUACCAGCUGUUGGCCAAAGGUGUCGCGGAAGCCUGGGGAGCUAAGAUGUCUGAGUGCCAGCCCUUCAGGCCCAGCCCAGCGGCAGACUUGGCCAAAUGCUGCUGGCUGGUGGAAAGGCCAAAGAGGAAGUUAGUUUUAUAGUUGUCUUCCAUGCUGCCACUUCGAUGCAGAGGGUACAAGAGUGACCUCUGGGUGGUGCUAGCGGUUCUCCCCAAGUGCUGCCAUUUGCUGUGGCUGUCCAGCAGCCAGGCCUUCUGGGACUUCUCUGGAAGCUUGGCUUCCUCUUUGUCGGGGCUGCUUUCAGGAGUCUGUUCUGAGACCUCCUGAACAGGGGAGAACUGGCAUAGUUUGGCCCCACCUUCCAAGGUGGCCGAAUGCUUGUAAUAUUCCAGGGUGUCCUCCAGGGAGGGGCAGCCCUCUCCUGAAGCAGCAACACAGGUGCUGGUUGCCACACAGGACACAGAUUUUAUAUCCAAGGAAAAUGACCGCUUUAGCCUGUUGUUGUCUUCAACUUUGUCUGAUGAUAUGUUGAGUCCAAUUAUGCCUUGUACCAAUGGACUGUCCUCUGGUGAAAGGAAAGGGGAACCUGGCCGGUUUCCAGAUUCCACUGGCUUUUGCUCCACAGUCUCCAAGGUAGAUGUCGCACAGAGCGGGAAAGAGGAAAGGCUGCUGCUGCUCUGCCCGCUGUCCAGUCUCAGUCCAGGAUCACUGCUUUUUUCCAAAUGGAUAAUCUUCAGUUUGCUAAGGGAUCCAGAUUGGCCACUUUGGUUCUUGAUUUUCUUCUCAAAGUCUAGAAGCUGGCCAAGGAAGUUGAAGUUAGGAGAAAUUGUUGGUCUCUUCUCUUUUACAAAUCUAAACAGAAAUGUGUGUUUAAACAAAAUGAGUUCAGCCAAUCCAUUAGCCUAAGACACCACAGCUGAAUUCUGCAUGCAAGCCAUGUGCUGAGGCUGACCAGAGCCCAUGUGUUGCACACUAGGCUAUACCAAGGUAAGCUGCACACAUUCAGCAAAUUUACCUCCUGCUCUCCAAAAUUCUCCUGUUCCCUCAAGCAACCCUGCCCUCUUCCUUGACAGCCCCUAUAGCUGGAGCAUCCUCCUUCCUUAAAGUUCCUCCUCCAAUCCACCCUUGAAAGUGUUGGUUUAACCCCUUAGUCUUCAUCUUCUCCUAGGCACAUAACUGCAUUUGCACAAACUAACCCAUUUCCCGCAUCCCCCUCUCCCUCAUAUUUGUAAUUUAGAUUGCAAACUCAUUGGGCCAGGAAGCUGUCUUUUCUGUUAAUGGAACACUCUGAAGCAUCAUUAUUAUAAUAGUAGUAGCAGUGCUAAGCACAAUUUAUAAGGACCAGAAACCCAAACCCCUUGACCAGUAGAACCUCAUGUAAAAAGGUAAAGAACCCCUGGAUGGUUAAGUCCAGUCAAAGGCGGUUAUGGGGUUGUGGUGCUCAUCUCGCUUUGAGGCUGAGGGAGCCAGCGUUUGUCCACAGACAGUUUUCCGGGUCAUGUGGCCAGCAGGACUAAAGCACUACUGGUGCAUGGAGGACCGUGAUGAGUGCCAGAGCGCACAGAAACACUGUUUACCUUCCCGCUGCAGCAGUACCUAUUUAUCUACUUCCACUGCUGUGCUUUCGAACUGCUAGGCUGGCAGGAGCUGGGAGAGAGCAAUGGGAGCUCACCCCGUCACGGGGAUUCGAACCACCAACCUUCUGAUCGGCAAGCCCUAGGCUCAGUGGUUUUAGACCACAGCGCCACCCAUGUCCCAGUAGAACAUCAUGGCGUUAGAUAUUCCACCAGACUUGUACACUUUCCAUGUAGAAGGAUACAAUGUAUAAAGAUGAAACAAUAAGGGCUAGAAACUUGCUUCUCUCAAAAUAAAAUGCUGAGAUUCCUCAAACAGCUAAAUUCUGUACCCAUCUAUCAGAAUCCGGUUCUUUUUCUGUGCUUGUGCGGUGCUGCCACAUAUGCCCAGGAGAAAGAAGUUUAACACAGAAGAGCAUAUUCACCACCAUAGCACUAAUUCAUUCUUGAAGGGGAGAGCUGUUCCAGAAGUAGUCUCUACAUUUUCCCCAGGAUGGUGAUUGUUUUUUUAAAAAUGUUGACCAUUUGAACAGGUAUGGAUACAGGUACUGGCAUGUGUGGUGAUACUUCAGUUACCUUCGUCUUGUGUUGUGUGCACAACAUGGUCCCUUGAAAAGAAAGGUGGGCCUGCAUUACAGUUAUAUAGAAUAAGGUAAACGGGGUCUAAAUGGCAAGACUGGGGAGAAGGGAGCUGUGCCGUAUCUCCCAGACACUGCAGAACUGCUGUGAGUACUUAUUGCACACUUACUGUUCCAUUUACAUGGGAAGCCCAAUCAAAGAAACAUUACUGAAGCCACACAGGGCCCAGUGUGGACCAAGCGUCAACACACAAUCCUGGGCUUCACUUUCAAAAAGCAGCUGAGUCCAGGAGCUACCGUUUAAGUUUCACACAAUGCCCAGGAAUAACACAAAAUCAGGGCUAUUUAACGGCUGCUGGUCAUGCAUGCCCCAAUCACACUGAAACCAUUGAAAGCAGCUGAGACUAUGAGAAUAUUUGAAGUCAGCCCUUUGUGUUGGUUUCCUCAAGAAAAGGACCCUUCCUCCUUACCUGUAGGCCUCAUCUAAUGACAUAUCCAUUCUUUUCAUUAUAUAUGCAAUAGCGAUGGUGGCAGAGCGAGAUAUCCCAGCUAAACAGUGGACUAGGACACGACCGUUUGAGGCUUUUGCCUUUUCUGCGGGAAAGAAAGAAAGCAGAAACCACUCAUUAGAGCUCCAAAAGAUGCUGAAAAUGAGAAAAAUCUGUUUAAUCUCCCAGGGAUCCACAGGCAAAAAUAAAAAUCAAUAAAUUGAAUCAUACAGCCAUUUUCAACUAGUUUUUUUU